AUGUUUUUAGUGAUUGAGGGUAUCGAGGGCGCAGGAAAGACCACAGCGAGCAACUUCAUACGCAAAGAAUUAGAAGAGUCAGGCAUAGAAGUAAUCCACUCAAGAGAGCCGGGAGGAACUGGAUUAGGGGAAGAAAUCCGCAGACUUCUAUUAAACCCAAAUACCACGAUGAAGGAGGAAGCCACACUACUCCUUUAUAUGGCAGCACGUGCACACAACCUGACUGAAAAAAUCGAACCUGCCCUAGAAGAAGGCAAGGUCGUAUUGUGUGAUCGCUACUUUGAUAGCACAGUUGCAUACCAAGGGAUUGGUCAAGGCAUGGGAGAGAAAUUCUGUCGCGAUCUGCAUGAGACGGUAUUUGGUAAUCGACGCAACAACGGAAACCCUGACUAUGUCAUAAUCCUGUUAGUCUCUCCUAAAGUAUCUCGUGAACGGGUUGCGUCCCGU